GAAAAAUAAGAAUGACAUUAACAAACCGUCUCCAUCAAAUACCCAAACCCUUUUUUAUUUUCAAGAGAAGAGUUUCCAGUUUAAAAAAAUCACCCCAAGCAAUAUUUAUCGGAAAGACCAUAGAAGAACCAAUUAUUGUAUUAAGAGAAGAAAAUAACAUAGAUUUAAUUGGGCCACCCGAUGCUUUAUCAAAUCUUAGACCGAUAAUACGUGAAAUAAUCAAAAACGAAACAGUUUUACAAAGAAAAUAUAGAGAAGCUGCCGACGCUACACAAAAAUGGAAUCAGGAAUUCUGGCAAAAGCACAACAAGAAUUUUUUUACAAAAAAAGAAAUUUUCGUUAAAAAACACACCUCAGAGGCGAAGCCGAAUCUUAAUGCGGAUGAAAUGAGUGAAUUUUACAAAACGUUUUUGAAUAAGAAUUGGCAAACCCAUGUAGCUUACAAUUUUGAAUGGUACGGCAGAAAUUUCCAUUUACUAAUGCUGUCUUUGAGAGUUCAUUUGGAACAUUUACGAAGUAAGAUUUUAUAG